AUGUCUCCUCGCAUAAAACGGUAUCACUCUCCCCCCUCUGAAACGGAAACCCUUUAUAACCCCCGUCGAAUAUCAUUUUCACGCAGGAACCUGCACGGGAACGCCAUAACAUGCGUUAUGCACGGCUCGUUCGACGGAUUGACGCACAUACGCACUAUCAACAUGCAAGGCAAUCCUUUGUCGUGUAAUUGUCAUCUCGCGUGGUUCGCCGGAUGGUUGAGGAAACGCGACAUGUCUAGCGUCGUCGGACACUGUCACGAUCCUCCCCGAUUGAAGGACGCGGUCCUCGAGAUUGAUCGCGAGAUUAACGAUCCGCCGUCUGUUUUACGAACCGCAGACGACAGCGUGGGUUGCCUAGGAGACGAUUACUGUCCACCCCAAUGUAAUUGCGCCGGGUCAGUGGUGAGAUGUUCGAGGUCUCAGCUUACGGAGAUUCCACGUGGGAUUCCGCCGGAAACCACCGAGUUGUAUUUGGACGUGAACGACAUCAAGACGAUCCAGCCCGAGAGACUGAACCACCUGAGGAUUCUCACUAAACUAAAACUUCAUGUUUUCAUUGGCCCGAUAUUCUCCAACCCCGAUCGUUUAAAAUCUGGAUUUACACCCACCAGGUCCCUGCACGGUAACGACAUAUCGGUGAUCCCCGAGGGCGCGUUCGAGGAUCUUCAAUCUAUAACCCACCUCGCUCUGGGGUCUAACCCGCUGUACUGCGACUGCAGCAUGCGAUGGUUGGCCGAAUGGGUGAAGAAGGACUACGUGGAGGCUGGGAUCGCGAGAUGCAUGGAGCCCCCGGCGAUGAGGGACAAGCUGCUGCUCACGACACCUGCGACCGCGUUCCAAUGCAAAACCAGCCAACAGCCAGCCGAAGUCUUGGCCAAGUGCGACCUGUGCUACACCUCGCCAUGCCAGAACGGAGGAUUUUGCGAGGCGCUCCCGGACCGGAAGUUCCGUUGCAAGUGCGCGCCAGGAUAUCAUGGGGACCGGUGUGAACAUAAAAUUGACGCGUGCUAUGGAAAUCCUUGCCGGAACGCCGGAACUUGUAAAGUAUUGGAAGAAGGAAGAUUCAGUUGCGACUGCGCCCCCGGGUACAAGGGACUUCGAUGCGAGAACAACGUCGACGACUGCGAGGACAACAAGUGCGCGAAUAACGCAACCUGCGUCGACCUCGUCCAAGCCUACAGAUGCGACUGCGCCCCAGGAUUCAUGGGCGAGUACUGCGAGGAGAAGAUACCCUUUUGCACAAAAGGGCACGACCCCUGCGAGAACGGGGGCCGAUGCGUCGACCACGGGACCCACUAUAGCUGCGAAUGCCCAAUCGGCUUCACCGGCCUCAAUUGUUCCACCAACUUGGAUGACUGCGUUGAUCAUAUGUGCCAGAACGGUGCUACUUGCAUCGACGGCAUAAACAAUUACGAGUGCAAGUGCGCGGCGGAAUACACGGGCAGGUACUGCGAGGCAGCACCCUCGACAGCCAUGCUCUAUCCACAGACUAGUCCGUGUGCACACCAUGACUGUCAGCACGGUGCGUGCUUCCAACCUGCUCCCGCUUCCGCCGCGGACUAUCUUUGCCAGUGCCACCCCGGCUACACCGGAAAACGAUGCGAGUACCUGACGAGUUUGAGCUUCGUGGACAACAGCUCGCUGGUCGAGCUGGAGCCGCUACGCACGAGGCCCGAAGCGAACGUGACCAUCGUCUUCACGACCACGCAGGAAAACGGGGUUCUCCUCUACGACGGCCAGAACGGCGACCAUAUCGCCGUCGAGUUGUUCAACGGCCGCGUCAGAGUCUCGUACGACGUUGGCAACUACCCAACCUCGACGAUGUACAGUUACGAGAUGGUCGCCGAUGGCAAAUCCCACGUGGCUGAACUGCUCGCGAUCAAGAAGAACUUCACGAUGAGAGUCGACCGCGGUCCUGCUAGAAGCAUCAUUAACGAGGGUCCGAAGGAGUACCUGAAACUCGUCACGUCUAUGUACGUCGGCGGCGUUGCUCCCGAGGUUGCCAACAUUGCGUUCACGGAGUUUCAUCUGAGGAACAUCACUAGCUUCCAAGGCUGCAUCACCGAGAUGUGGAUUAAUCACAAGUUGGUAGACUUCAGCAACGCCGCGAAGAUGCAUCGCGUAACUCCCGGAUGCAUGUCGAACGAGGAAGAAGCUGACGAGGCGCGAGACGUCGUGGAAGCGGAAGGAAUUAUGGGAAGCGGCAGCAACGAGGAACCGAUACCACAAGAGAACAUGGCUCACGAACAUUCCGACAUCGUUAUGACAGGACCCGGCGCGAUAAUCUCCGAUCCCUGCGCGGGACACGAGUGCAGGAAAGGUUCGCAGUGCGUGCCAUCGCCGAUCGGGAACGGAUAUACCUGCCGGUGUCAAACUGGAUGGCAAGGACGGUAUUGCGAGAAAGCACCGACGUGUCGCAAAGAGCACACCAGAGAGUAUUACAGCGAGAACGGAUGUCGGAGUCGACGACCAGUGAAACUUGCCAAGUGUUGGGGUAGUUGUGGCAACUCUUGUUGUCUGCCACGGAAGACGAAACGGCGCAAGGUACGACUGAUCUGCGCCGACGGUAUGCGGUACACGAAGGACGUCGAUCUGGUGCGCAAAUGCACGUGCACCCGGAAAUGCUACUAGCCAGGACCGAGGGACGUCGAGCGCCACAGGUGUUCCAUAAAUACGCGUCGAGACGUAUCGAGACCGAGAGGAAACCCCCGAGAACUGAGACAGUGCCCCAAUUCGAACUUUCUACGUUCGCGGGCGAUACGGCGAGAGUGGAACGCCGAUUCGCGGAUGAAAGUCCUUCUCCUCCUCCUCCUAAUCCUCAUCCUCAUCCUCAUCCUCGUCGGCGCAUCCUCCUCGUUGAACGCGUGACGAAAGCAUUGGGGCCCGCGGACCGUAACAGGCCGAGCAACAACAUUCAUUUCCUUCACGAGGAAGAACGAAGACGAAAACAACACACAGAUGGACACACACACACUCGCAAAAUAGCACACAGCCGGCUCAGUGUGAUAUUAUAUUCGAACGUGGAAAAAAAGAAAGAAAAAAUAAAAACAGAAUUAUAUUGUGCGUGGGUGCUGCGUGCGUGCGGAUCACGGACAUAUUCACAAAGAGUAUUCAAAGGGAAGAGAAUAGUAUCGGCGCGUAGAGCGCCUAGCGUAUCGACACACGUUCAUCGACACACGUGUGCACAAUUCGCUCGGCGAUUCCUUUCGCCAGAGUGGAAAGUGAAAGUCUCUUCUUCAGUGCGAGAACACCGCUCGGAAAACCGACACGCGCACGAAUCGUUCGCUCAGUGUGAAAUAGAUCUAAUGGAUAAGGAUGAUGAUUAAGUAAGUGGGUGAGUUGGUGGUGGGUGGUGGUGGAUGAAGUUACGAUCCGAAUGCGAAGAAUUCACGCUUAAAUCGUUGAAUCGGUCUCUCAGAGAUUUCCCCUCGUUCGGCCGGGAUUUCCAUCGUCGUUUCCACGGGCGACGACGUCGAACGGGUGGAAACGUUUUCAGCUUUGAAAGUUACAAAAAAAAAAAGUCACGGAAAACAAUUUCUCGAAUGAUCGUUCGAUGGAGGAUGGUUAACCAAAAUUCUCAAAGUCUUCUCGUUGUGUAUGUUCAGUGUCGCAAAGCUUCGGUUAUUCGAUGUAAUCAAAAAAAAAUCCCAUGAUCUGAGAGAUCGUGAUUUCGUCGCUGACGAAACGGUUCUGCCGCUUGAGAACCGCGAACGCUUACGCCUAGCGUUGCUGAGCUUCGUGCAACUAUUUUCCCAAAAAGUCCUGAACAUUUGUAACUUGUAACUUAAGCGCAGCUCAAAUCG